CCAACAGGACUACAUCUGCUUUCACCCUGUCUUCAAUGCCAAAAGGACUUACCGGUAACUGUAACAUUUGGACGUCCUGGUUUUUUUUUUUUGUUUUGUUUUUUUGGUUUUUUGCAUAGUAUGGCACAUUUCGUUGUUGCUGUUGGGCUCAUCCUUCUCCCAGUACUCAUCGAUCUCUCAGCAGGAAACAAUACAUGUAACCUCUAUGCUGCUGUCGGUGAAAGUCUGACUUUGCCUUUUGCCUUUGGAGGACUGGGAAACACCCAUUCACUGAGAUGGACUCAUAAUAAAACAAUAAUUUUCACCAAACAAAAAGGUAGAGUGACCAAGGGGAAACCGGAAGACAUCAAUGCAACUGGAUCCAUUUUGCUAAAGAACGUUGGGUUUUCAAGUGCAGGGAUCUAUGAAGCAAACAUCUCACACUCUAACGGCACGAUUGUUAAAGCGUGGAUGGAUCGUCUUUGUGUGAUGGAGAAGGUAUCAAAGCCUCGACUGGAUCAUAUCUGUGACUCCAGCGCUGUUAACUUUAGUUGCAAUGUUGCCAAACCUCAGGGUUUGGAUUUCUCAUGGACGCUUAAUAAAAAGACUUUACUGGGAGAAACAAAACAAACUCUGAGAAUUUCCCUGAGCCAUCUGAAAGAGGAGAGAACCUUUGCCUGUAGCGUGGCAAACAAAGUCAGUGUGGAGAGCAGCGAGACUGUUCGUCCAGCAUGUAAAGCACCUUUGCUUUGUUUUAAACCUCAGGUGGUUGUGGCAGUGCUGGCAGGAGGAGCGGGGCUGAUCUUUUUUCUGCUCAUCGCUGUGGUGGCGUUAUGCUGCUGCGUCCGACGCACAAAACCUCAAACAAACCCCCGAGACAAACAGGAAAUAAAGAUGCUUUCUGUAAAAAAGCAGGAAGCUGAGCCCAUCAGCCCCGAGUAUGAGGCCAUGCACAACAUCCAAAGCUCUCCAUCCCCGAGUCCCAAGCCUUCACCGAGAGCCUGCUACAAGAACGUCUCCCAGCCCUACGCUCAGACUGACAACAGGCCUCUGCAGAUGUUCCCAGCUGCUGAAGGACAGCGAUCAUCGCCUGUGCCAAAGCCAAGGACAAAGAAUGCCCAGACGCUAAACAUCUGAGUUUGCAUUCCUCAACAGGAACACCAAAGAGGAAGUAAUAAGUUCUAAGUGUGACAAAAGGCAAGAGGAAUUUUGAAAACCACGUAAGCCAAAAAAGAAAAGAAAAGACUAUUUAAGUGCAAACCUAUAUUUUUCCUACUGUGACUGAAGUAUUGAUUGACAGUUGUACUCCAACUUUUUUUCUCUACUGUUUUAUUUCCUAAUCAUUAUCUUAUUAAGUGCUUCCCAUGUUAAAUGUACGUCAGGAGUAAUUUUUAUAUUGUGAUAUUUGGACACUGGUUUAGUUGAAGAAUUUCUUCAACUGUAUUACAAGACCUAUAAACUGAGGAAAGUUGCAUUUCUAUUUUGUAUCAUUUGAAGCAUUCUGUUGUGAUUCUUAAACCUUGUUUUUAUAAUGAAUUCUUUGAUACAGGAAUUUUGAGCACAAAUGUAUGUUCCUUACAAAUGUGGCACCAUUUAAAGGGGAAGUUUUCCAACUGUAUAAGAUUUAUUGCC